AUGGCUUCUCUGCAUGAGGCCCUUCAAUGCCUCAAACCGACGUCAUGGGACGAAGUCCCCCAGGAUCCCGACGAGCUCCGUGACUACGUGCGCGAGAUCUUCAAAAAUAGCCGCCUGAUAGCGGAGUCACUUCCAGACCCCCCAAUCUCCGAUAACGAUGACUACCCCGGGUUAGACGACACGACAAAUUCCUCCACUCGACGAAUAGUCCCAUCAUCCGCACGAGUGGGAAAAACCGAUCCGGAGAUUACAGACCUGCAAAGGGAAUGGGGGAAGCCACUCAAGAUGGGCGGACCAAAGGAUAAUCCGUUAGACGUGACUGUGUGGAAACUUUCCGCGAAUGACGGCGGGGGCUCAUGGUUCGGCCGACGGAGUGUACAUGAGGGCCUCCCAUUCUUGCGGUGGCGGAAGAAGCUCUCAACUGAGUACGAUGAAACACUCAAAGUAAACCGCAAGAAGAUUGAGGAAGGACAGACGCCUGACAAGAGCAUCCGCGGGAUCGGCGCCGAAGAAAAGGUCGAGACUAUUGAGGUCAAGGACCAUGAUGGUUCGGUUCUGGGUCAUUUAAUUGUUUACCAUGUCUCGGCGCAGUUUCCCAAACCUACUGCUCCGCGCGAUUUCGUGGAGUUGGUCAUCAAUUCCGAUUCUGGAUUGCAAGCUGGCGGAACUAAGCAGCCUGGUCGCAGCUGGAUUAUGAUCUCUAAGCCGUGUGAACACCCCGAUGUCCAGCAUAAGCACGGGUAUACUCGCGGACAAUAUGAGUCUGUCGAGCUCAUUCGGGAGAUUCCUAAGAAGUACAGCAGCGGGAGCAGCUCUUCUAGUCAGAGGAGUAAGAAGAAUAGUGAUUCUCCAUCCUCCAAUCUGCAACGCCCCGAGGGGCUACCUGAGCAGAAUGGAGAUGGAGAUGACGAAGACGAAGAAAUGAAUCCUGUUGAAUGGAUCAUGGUCACCAGGAGUGACCCGGGCGGCAACAUCCCGCGGUGGAUGGUGGACAAGGGAACACCGCGAAGCGUGGGAGCUGAUGCUGCUAAAUUUGUCAAUUGGGCUCUUCAAGAUGACAAGCCGCCUAAGCAAGAAGAGAGCACAGGUACGGGAGCUGCAAAUAAUAUAGCAGGCGUCAAGGCUAAAUCUGGGGCGUCUGCGAAUGAAUACGAAUCCAACGAGGCAGACGACUCGGAUUCGGAUUACGAAUCACUCGACAGCGACGGCGAGAAUUCUCAUCAUGGUCUGAUUGCCAGUGUCACUGGGUUGCUCAAUACUGGGCUGGAACGAUUCGCACCACAAGUUCUAGGCUAUGGCGCCCACACUAAAGUAUCGGGUGAUCUCCCAGCCGGGGACGAAGCUUCCUACACUGAUGCAGAUGGCAUAGCACACCUAAGCCCAAAAAUUGUUCAACAAAAUGAAACAUCGUUAGACGCCGAAUCCUCAAGAUCCCGCGAGCAAGACCGUGUUUCAUUAUCCUCAGCCAAUUCCGAAAAAGCAGCAACUGCCGUCGACGAGAUAGCACACAACAACAUGUCCUCAGAGGAACUGAUCAAAAUGACAAAGAAUGGCAAGCUCACUUCCCACGAGAAAGAGCUCGCAAAGCUAGCCAUCCGCAAACGCGAGGUCGAGGGCAAGCUAGACGAAGUCCGCGCCGAACUCGACAAGUUUCAGAUCUCAUCGCAACCGCCUAGUGUCUCGGGGAGUCCAGGAAAAGGCAUCAGCGAGGUAGACAGCGACACCAGCAGGAUGCGCAAGCGCGCAGGGACAAAUCAGUCUUCCAGUCCCGCCAGCACUCGCACGCAGCAGAGCCAAAGCCAACCGCAGGGCGAGAUCAACAAUGAAGACCAAUCAUCUUUUGCGCAGACGGCAACCCCCGACCCGUCGUCGCAUCUCCCCAAAGCAGCCUCUCAACUUCUCCAUGGGGAAUCUAAGCUGCUUAAGCAGCUGCACAAGAUCGAGGCUAGCCAGCUGAAGAUUGCGUCGAAAAUCCAAGCAAGACAUCAAAAGGAUGAGGAGCGCUCGAAGAAGUCUAAGUCCAAGAAUAAGUCUGAGGUUGAUAACUUGAAGCAAGAGGUACAUGAUCUCAAGAAGGAGAUCAAGCAGCUUCGCUCCGAGCGCCAGAAAUGGGUCGAUCUUGUUUCUUCGUUGCAAGCGGAGAAUACGAAGUUGGCGGCGAAGUCGGAUAAUGCUUAA